UCUAACCGUUUCCGCUUAUUUUCUCGCAAAGGGAAGUGUCCUCCAUUAUGUCAUUGUAGGUCUGUUUGGGUUGAUUAUCAAGAAACAAGCAAUGCCUGGGUACACACCAGACGAAAAGCUUCGCUUAGACCAGCUUACGAAGCUCCGGAGACAAUGGCUGAAGGACCAGGAGCUCAGCCCGAGGGAGCCCGUGCUGCCAGCUGAAAAACCGGGGCCCGUCGCCAGGUUCUGGACUCGCUUUCUGCAGCCCAAGAGCCUUUGGAGGAUUUACACCCACAAAGCUGUCACAGGCGGAGUUAGCACAAUACUAUCACUGUUGGUGCCAAUGUGGGUCAUCCACUACACUGUUAAAUACCACGUUGCUCCAAAGCCAUAUGGCAUUGUGUCUACUAAACCAAGGCUGUACCCUGGUGACACCAUUGUGGAAACGGGUGAAGUUCUUCCUGAUCUUCCCGAGAGCCAUGGCCAUCACUGAAGUUGAAAUAUUUAAAUAAUCUUCUGUUGUAAAAACUGUUUAUAUGCCAAUAAAAUACUACAGAGUAA